CGUGGCCGCCGGCGUCCCGAUUGGCCGGCUGGAGUGUCUGGGAGGCUGAACGUUCCGUAGCAGGACUGCAGUGCACGCCGCCUGCCUUGGCUGCAUUGUAGGCUCGUGGGAUGGGGCAGCUGGCCGGAGGCGGGGGACCGGCCGUCGACCUGGUGCAUUUUUCUUCUGGAGACAAGGAGAACCAACUCCCAAGAAAUCCGUAUGUUUGAGGCUUCUGCUCUGCCAUGGAAUCCUGGCCUCUGUUGGCCUGGGUCUUUCUCCUCAGUCUGCUUGCCAGCUGCAUGAAAGUAAUUCAAGCCCGAGACUUUACAGUGAAAGAUAUUGUCUACCUUCAUCCUUCAACCACUCCAUAUCCUGGUGGAUUCAAAUGUUUCACUUGUGAACAAGCCAUAGACAAUUAUGAAUGCAACCAGUGGGCUCCAGAUAUCUAUUGUCCCAAAGACACACGAUAUUGUUAUACAGAACACAUGCUGGAAGCUGAUGGAAAGAGUAUAUCUGUUACGAAGCGCUGUGCACGUCUGGAGCAUUGUCUGGCCACAGGAUGCCUAAUUUUCCCAGAUGGACUGAAGAUCUGCACUUCUUGCUGUGAAGGAAACAUCUGUAAUUUGCCAUUGCCCAGAAAUGCAAGUGAUGCAGUGUUUGCCACGACAACCCCCAUCAACCACACCCAAAGACACUGGGGGAAUGCAUCAGUUGUGAUGUCAUUUCUCCUGUUAAACAUUGCUACAUGGGUAUCUUAGGAUAAGUUGCUGGUUAUGCUUCAAGGAUGAAAAUAUUUAUGCAUAAAUAUUUGACCUUAAUUUAAUAUAUGUUUCUAAUCUUACUUUUUUACUCGCAUUUCUAAAUUUACUUCUUAACUUCGUUUUAUCCUUGAAUGGUUCAAAAGCCAUACUUACUGCUCUGUGUGUUUUGAAAAUGGGGGAAGUUUGUUGUCUGUCAGUUCUUCGAAGGCAAAACUUGUUUUGGUCCUCAGAUGUACGUGAAUAACAGAGACCACAUUGUGUGGAUCUCUAAUAUGCUAUCCAAAGGGAGAGUUUUGAUAUGAGAAAAGGAGUAUCUCUGCUAGAUGAAGUCCAUUGUUGGUAGUUUUUCUAAGCAUUUAUAUUUAAAUAUAAUUUUCCAAAAAUAUGGUGUUUGAUAAUGGAGGCACUUUUAAGAAUUGAUUAUAAUGAUUUAACGGAUGAAUCUGAUCUCUUAGUCAACUAAGGCUGACGUUCUAUGCUUGCUUAGUCCUUUUGGAUUGAAUGGAAAUUUGCCUAAGAAAACAUGUUUAGGAUUACAAAUAUAAACAUUUUUGGAAAAUGUGAAAAAUUUCUUCUGUAUUUGGGGAUAGGGUCAGGAGAUUUUAAAAAAUAGGCAAUACUUCCUUAUCAAGCAAACAUAUGUAAUAGCUUUAACAAGAUAAAAUGCAUUUAUUACUCCGUUAUCAUUUAAAAUUGUACUAUUUGGCAUAUUUAUGGAGUUUAAUGUUUAAAUCCUUUAGUUUUCUACAAGCAAAAUCACAAAUAUACCCAAUAGUUGAGAGACAACUGCAAGCUAUUGUUCUCUCUUCUACUUUAUCACAUAUAUCUUAGAAGGGAAAAAUAGAAGCUGAAGAUAGGAAGUAUUUUGAAAGGAAUUCUAUUAUUUGGAUAGAAAUGGGUUGCUUCCAUGUGGCAGUUUUGCUGUUUCGUGUCUAACCUGGAACGGGCGCAUUGCGGGAGCAUCUACAAAACGUUGUCCACUUCCUUCUUCUGUUAUCCUUUUCAAACCAGCUUUGGUACAGUCUUCUUAGAAAGGCUACAGUUAAAGUGCCUUUGUACACUGUGUGGACAAGAAGAUCUUCAUUUUAUAGGCACCACCCACAUCACUGCCAUUUUCUUUAGCUCAAGCCUCACAACUGCUAUUUCCACCACCCCCUACCAUACCACCAGGGGCUUUUCUAGGCUUUUAAAAAAUGAUUAUUGACUUACCACUAUUGCACUGUUAUGCAGUUAUCUCAAUUACCAAUUUUAAACUGCAGCGAUAUGUCAAUUACAGGUUUAAAUAACCUGCCAAAACUAUGGUGGUGGUACUGAAAUGAUGGUUGUGGGUUCAGGUGCAAGGAAAGUACAGGGACUACCAUGGCGUGGACAAUAUUUCGCUGCCCUGCAUUUGCUGCAGCUGCAGCAGCAGAAGGAAUGUGGACAAUAAUGGCUAUUGGAUGCAGCCUUGUUCUUACUCAUGGAACAUGGAAAAACCUGAACUCUUCAGCAAUUUAUUAUACUCAAACACAGAGUAGGAUAUUGUUGCCCAAAUUCAUUGCAUUUAAACUUGGAAAAUAUGUUGGAUAUUGGAAUUAGCAUGAUAUAUGACAGAGGAGGAAUUUUCGCUGGUCAUUUCAAAUGAGACAAACUGGCUUAAAAAGUAUUUCAAUUAUUCUAAACAUUUUUUUCAUGGGAUCUCUUUUCAGCGUGCCCCCAAUGUUCUAGUUUUUCUGUUGGAACAAUUGACACAAUGCCUGGUGGGGUAAAUGUUGUGUUCCAACCCCCAUUGCCUUUUGUGGGCCUUUACAUCCCUGUUUAAGAUUGUGUCUCAUGUGUUGCAGCCUUAUUUAUGUAGGGCUAACAGAGACUUCCCCAAUAAUUCUAUGUUUAGAUAGCUCUGCAUGCCUAUCCCCAUAGGUCGUGUGGAGUUUCCCUGUUGGAGUUUUUGGCUAUCAUAAUUUUCACUAGGACAACUGUGAAACAAAUACAAAGGGGAAUUGUUUUUAAUCAGAACUAUUCCAGGAGGAAAUGCCAAUAAGGAAAUGCCAAAAUUAUAAAUUUUCUUUGACUGGCCCUGGUGAUACUUUGUCACACAAUAUGGCCUAUUUUACUUGCAGAUGACAGUAUUUAUUUUUGUAUGAUACAAUGAAUAAUGUAUUGUAAAAUGUCCCCUUCUUAAUAGUAGCAUCACCUGUAGUUGUUUUAGUCCUAUAACAUGCAAAAUAUAUUUUGUGAUAAAUUAUCUUCAAUUUUUUAUUUUUAAACAGUGGUACAAAAAGCUAAUACAUCGGUAAGGUUAAGGUAAACUCAGAUACGUGUCAUCGGCCGAUUGCAACAUUAAAAGCUUGGUAGAACUUUAUAUGACAUACAGGAGUGUAAUCAUACGUUUUAAUGAUUUUGUGAGUUGUUUUUUGGCCAACGUCAUGAUGAUUUUAAUCAUUGUUUUGGGCUACCAUCAGUCUGUGAGGAACUUGGCACUUUAUCAAGUUACAACACAGAGCCAUGCAUGUGUGUGUGCGAGUGUGAAUCAGAGAGGAAGGAAGACAAGAACUGAUGUGAUGAAAUGUAUUCUAGUAAUGAAGAAGCUGUUGCUAAUGCUUGAUGAUAAAUCUCUGUCUCAAACAAAUCUUCCAUGCUUUUGCUGCAUUCAGUGAUAUCCUAAAGCUUUCAAAUCAAGCCAGCUACUUCACGUGGCAGCAUGGGUAGUCCCAUUAAUUAAAUGCUGGAAGUAAAAGCUCGUGUAAUUCUUUCUGUGGAUGAACAAACAGUUCGUAUUUCUGUUUUUGUCGAGAUUUCAUUUCUGUGCUCUCAGUGUUGGUUUUGUAGAGUUGUCUGUAUUGAACAUGAGUAUUGUGUCAUUUAUACACAUAGUGCUGACCUGAUUAUGUCAAAAAUGCAUAUACUUUUGAGGGGAACUUAGUGCGAGGAAACAAACAUGCAAAAACAGAGACUCUUAAGCAGAUUCCGCAUGGUCCAAAAACAGCGGUGUGAAAACUGUGUAAGCCCUUUUACACCGUUUUAAACCAUUUCCACACUGCUGUUUUUAGCCCAUGUGGAAUCCGCCUUAGAUUCAGUCUCCUCACUUUAAUGCUGUACAUCCAAUACACAAGAUACAUCAGUAUCUUGGUUAGAGAUCUUCCUCUCCUCAUUCUCCUGGGAAACUGGGAGAAAGGGGGCGUGUUAUCUGGCAACUCAAGAACCUUCAACCUACUUCAUUCUGCACACAUAAAUGGCUAAAAACAGUGGGUUGGAAUCAAAGAAUUACCAACAGAAUGAAACUGGUGGAAUAGGAUUCCCCUAACCCCCACCUGCUACAACCUACUGAGCUUCUUGAAAUUCUGCUCAUGUUGAUCAAGGGAUCUGUGAACAGUGUGGGGGGAGGAAGUGAAAAUCUGCUGAGGAGGAAGGGAAAUGGGCAGAAAUCAUCAACCUAGCAUCUCAUCACUAUAAUUGUGAUGGGUUCAGAAGUUCAUGUUUCACUAUCAUCAACAGUUGGUCAGCUGAUGCUGUUCUAAGAAUAGGAUGAAAUGUGAGUAUCUGUGGUAAUGUUACAGUGGUGUUAUGAAAAAGUCAUCGUGGGGAUGCUGAUCAAUUGAUCUCCAUGCUGUGAUUGUCAAUCUAUAGACCAGCCCUAAGAAAAUGUGUCUAUUCCUUAGAAGGCAGUGCAUGUUGCAUUGUGGAUUCUCUGUAACGCUGCUGGGUUUAUUGUCGUUUGCAUGACCUGUUUAUAUGUAACAUCCCUGAACUCCCUUGUACUCCAACUUCAUUUAAUGUGCUUGUUUACAAGCAAGAGAGCUUGAAUUGUUCUAUCUGUGGCCAUGAACACAACAUAUCAGCCAGGGAAGUGGUGUAAUGUUUUGUAAGAGUUGAAUUGUGACAGGUUUCUAAAAGUAAAUCUUAUUUUGAAAAUUUACCCUCAAAGCUUGUUUUGAGCAUUAUUUAAAGGUUUUUUUUAAAAAAAUAAUGAUUUUGCUCACUGAUUCAUUCCCUAAAUCGGUAUGCAGUAAAGGGUUACCCAAAACCAAAUUUAUGCAAAUCUUUGUCUUGUUGUUCUCCUAAUGCUUUGUAUCUUGUCAGUGUAUUCCUGUGUAAAUAGGGCUCCCAAUUGUUAAUGUUGUACAUUUUGUAUAUUGUAUAAAUAAAUGAUGUUUUAAACAUUA